CUUGCACCAGUGCUCCGUGUCAGUGUAACCUGUAAGUGAGAAGGGAAUCUGUCUGAGAACACUGGCUUUCAAGCUCCUGGAGCAGGCUGACAAAUGUUCCUCCAGAGGUUAAUAAGAUAAGGGCUGCUCCAGCUGGCCCCUAAACAGAGAUUACUCCUGAGGGGAAGAAUUACCAGUAUACAGAACCAGAAUGAAUUUGCAAAUUAAACAUGCUAUCUUUGUUUUGGGGAUUUUUCUCCAAGUUCAAGGAAUCAAAGAUACCUCUAUUAAAAUAUUCAGUUCUGAAAUUAAAAACAUAGACAAAACCCCAAGAAUCGAAACAAUUGAAAGUACUUCAACAGUGCACAAAGUGUCAACCAUGAAACGAAUAUUCGAUUUGCCAAAGCUUCGAACCAAAAGAUCAGCACUUUUCCCAGCUGCUAACAUCUGUCCACAGGAAUCCUUGAGACAGAUUUUAGCAAGUCUUCAAGAAUAUUAUAGACUGAGAGUAUGUCAAGAAGUCGUGUGGGAAGCAUAUCGUAUCUUUCUGGACCGAAUUCCUGACACAGAGGAAUAUCAAGACUGGGUCAGCCUCUGCCAGAAAGAAACCUUCUGCCUCUUUGACAUUGGGAAAAACUUCAGCAACUCCCAGGAGCACCUAGAUCUUCUUCAGCAGAGAAUAAAACAGAGAAGCUUCCCUGGGAGGAAAGAUGAGACAGCCUCCAUGGAGACACUGGAAGCACCUACUGAAGCCCCUGUGGUACCCACAGAUGUUUCCAGGAUGUCCCUGGGGCCCUUCCCACUUCCUUCUGAUGACACAGACCUCAAGGAGAUUCUCAGUGUCACCCUCAAGGACAUUCAAAAGCCCACAACAGAAAGUAAAACAGAACCUAUUCAUGUGUCUGAAUUCUCAUCAGAGGAGAAGGUGGAAUUCAGCAUCUCUCUGCCAAACCACAGGUUCAAGGCAGAGCUCACCAACUCUGGGUCACCAUACUACCAGGAACUGGUGGGACAGUCCCAACUGCAGUUGCAAAAGAUAUUUAAGAAACUUCCAGGAUUCGGAGAAAUCCGUGUAUUAGGAUUUAGACCAAAGAAAGAAGAAGAUGGUUCAAGCUCCACAGAAAUACAGCUUAUGGCCAUCUUUAAGAGGGACCAUGCAGAAGCAAAAAGCCCUGAUAGUCAUCUACUGUCUCUUGAUUCCAACAAAAUUGAAAGUGAAAGAAUCCAUCAUGGAGUCAUAGAAGACAAACAACCAGAAACCUACCUCACAGCUACAGACCUCAAAAAACUCAUCAUACAACUACUAGAUGGAGACCUGUCCUUGGUAGAAGGGAAAAUUCCAUUCGGUGAUGAAGUUACUGGGACACUCUUCAGACCUGUCACUGAACCAGAUCUGCCCAAGCCCCUUGCUGAUGUCACAGAGGAUGCCACUUUGAGUCCAGAACUUCCUUUCGUUGAGCCUAGGCUUGAGGCAGUGGACAGAGAAGGAUCUGAGCUGCCUGGAAUGUCCUCCAAAGACAGUUCUUGGUCUCCACCUGUAUCAGCCUCAAUUUCCCGAUCAGAAAAUCUACCUUCGUUUACACCUAGCAUCUUCUCUCUAGAUGCUCAAAGCCCCCCUCCCUUGAUGACCACUGGCCCAACAGCACUCAUCCCCAAGCCCACUCUCCCCACUAUCGAUUAUUCUACCAUCCGCCAAUUGCCUCUGGAAUCGUCACAUUGGCCUGCAUCCUCCAGUGACAGAGAGCUGAUCACAAGCAGCCAUGACACAAUCCGAGACCUAGAUGGCAUGGAUGUGUCUGACACGCCAGCCUUGUCAGAAAUAUCAGAACUGAGUGGAUACGAUUCUGCCUCGGGUCAGUUCUUGGAGAUGACCACACCCAUCCCAACAGUACGGUUCAUCACCACCAGCUCCGAGACCAUUGCCACCAAGGGCCAGGAGCUAGUGGUAUUCUUCAGCCUGCGUGUUGCUAACAUGCCGUUCUCCUAUGACCUGUUCAACAAGAGUUCUCUGGAGUAUCAAGCCCUGGAACAACGAUUCACAGACCUGCUGGUUCCCUAUCUACGAUCGAAUCUUACGGGAUUUAAGCAACUGGAAAUACUCAGCUUCAGAAACGGAAGUGUGAUCGUGAACAGCAAAGUGCGGUUUGCAAAGGCGGUACCCUACAACCUCACCCAGGCCGUGCGCGGGGUCUUGGAGGAUCUUCGGUCCACCGCAGCUCAAGGGCUCAAUCUGGAAAUCGAAAGCUACUCCCUCGACAUUGAACCAGCUGAUCAGGCGGAUCCCUGCAAACUCCUAGACUGUGGCAAAUUUGCCCAGUGUGUAAAGAAUGAGUGGACAGAGGAAGCAGAGUGUCGCUGCAGACAGGGACAUGAGAGCCACGGGACCCUGGACUACCAGACCCUGAACCUCUGUCCCCCUGGAAAGACUUGUGUGGCCGGCCGAGAACAAGCAACUCCAUGCAGGCCACCAGAUCACUCUACAAACCAAGCUCAGGAACCUGGUGUUAAAAAGCUACGUCAGCAAAAUAAGGUAGUCAAGAAAAGAAAUUCUAAACUAUCAGCUAUAGGAUUUGAAGAAUUUGAAGACCAGGACUGGGAGGGAAAUUAAAAGCUGGAAUCAUAUGCAUUAUGUUGCAAACUCUGUUGAAAGGAAACUUUAUUUCUUAAAGAAAGGUGUAUCUGUUCUGUUAACUUCUGAAAAACAGAGGGAGAGAUUCAGUGGUCAUUGGAAUACAGGCAUGUAAUCAACUUUGAGACUCAGCAUGCUUGAACAAGAGCACAGGCGUGUAUUUGAUGACAGUUAAGCCUGGUUGGGGCGGGGGGCACAUAUUUUUAGUCAAAACUCAAAGCAAUCAUUGGAACACAUUUGACUAUUUUUGGACAGUACUCAAGUAGCAAAGAUAAGGUUAGCUUUUUUCUUUCUUUAAAUUAUUACAUAAAGCUUAUUUCAAAUAAAUACAACUUGUUUAGUGGGUUGUACAAUAUUGAGGAUCUGAUUCUUUUAUAUGUUAGAAUAUACAGUUAAAAGAUUAUCAUUUGGGCCAGAGAGAUAGCUAAGUGGUUAAGAGUAUAUACUGCUCUUCCAGAAGCCCUGGGUUUACGUCCCAACAGCCACAUUGACUGGCUCACACACACCUGUAAGUCAGGCUCCAGAGAACAAACACCCUCCUCUGGCCUUUGUACCCACGUGCACAUAACCGCAAACAGACACACCCACGCUAUUUUUUUAGAGUCAUUGAUUUUUUUAAUUAGGGGUGGAAAAGCAGGCUGGAGAGAUGACUCCGUGGUUAAGAACAGUUGUUGUUCUUCCAGAGGACCCAGGUUCAGUUCCCAGAACCCACAAGGCAGUCUCCCAACUAUUCAUAAUUCUAGUUCAAGUGGAUCCAGCACCCUCUUCUAACUGAUACUGCCAGUACCAGGCAGCCAUGUGGUGCAUAUGCAUUUGGGCAGGUAAAACACUCAGACACACAAAAAAAUUUUAAAUCUAAAUUUUGAAAAUAUUUUAGUUUUAAGGAUGAUCACUGUGUGAGGGUCAGGUCUCUUAUGUAUGAAUGUAGUACCAAGAACUGUGAUGAGUAUAUGUAUGCUCCAUUCUAUAGUCUCCUCUCUCUCUCUCUCUCUCUCUCUCUCUCUCUCUCUCUCUCUCUCUCUGUGUGUGUGUGUGUGUCCCCCCCCCCGUUUGUAUGUGUGUGUGUGUGCAUGUGUGUGCACACACGCAUGUGUGUGUCUUCCCUCUCCCUCCUCACCCUCAACUCUCCCCAGUUUUUAAGCAUUCUGGUUUUAUACAAGCAGCUCUUGGCUUACACAGUAGAUUAUUUUGUUGCCCAUGAUUUCUGAAUUGCUCUUCAGAGAGACAGACAGACAGACACUGAGGCUCACAUAUAGACAUCACAGGAAAAUCUUAUGAUUCUCGCCACCCUAAAGGAAGAGUCUGAAGGAAAACACUAUGUCUGUGAGAAGCUGAAGAGGUGAGGCUGUACAACAUGACAUGAUGAACACUGUCUUCACACUCUCCUGUAUGUAUCUGUAUUGGUACCAAUGAAAUACAGUUCAGCAUUUAAUAUGCUACUUGAUGGGAAAUUCCUAUCCCUGCAUCUCUUCCAAAUCCAAUUAUCAAAUGUAUUUGGGGAAAAAUAUAAGUUUAAAAAUGUAAGUACUAUAUUCAUAGAUUUAUAAUAAAGUGUACCUAUAUUUUACUAGUCAUUCCAUGGAUUUGAUGAGGAAAUGAAAUGGGCUAUUGUAAUACUGCUAUGACAGUGAAAUGGUAAAUAUUGGUAGCAAUAUUUAACAAGAAAGCUACAAAACCAAAAUCAAAAUAUUUCCUCAUAAUGAAUAUAAUUUGAAAAGUGGUAUCCUCACGUGGAAAAGAGAUACAAGACUUUAAAUUCCUUCCUGUUGGUCUCUCAAAUGGGGAGCUUGCAUCCUUACUCCUCCUCCAGACUCCACACCGAGGAAGCUCUCUAUCUGGAGUAAGGAUGUCACUGGCUAUAAUAGCAAGGUCACAAACUGGAGAACAGUAGCAAAGACAGACUGACCAACCCGAUCCUGUAUCCCUGGAACAUCCCAUAUGGAGGCACAAUUGGUAAAAGCAUGGCAGGCCAAUCACAAGCAAGUGAAACGCUUACAUAAGGAGAGAGAACUGUCUACCCCUUCCUUCCCAUUCCGGGUCACUCAUCCACAUUUUAGUCCAAUGCUAAGGGACAGGUUUCUAUAGAGAAGCUAAGUUGGUAAAACAUUCUAUAUAAAGUGAGGAGGGGGGUCCCAGCGUAGGUUAAAUGCUUCUAACUCUUUGGAUCAUCCACGGUUUGGCAUCCAAAGAAAAGCAGUCCAGAAAGAUACUAGCUUCCUUCCACUCUCAGAGACCCACCAGGAAUUUGGAAGAUUCAAAACUCUUCAUAAAGCAAGCUAUCCAGACUGGUGUUCAAACCUUAGGCAAGAGUCUCCUUUGGAUCGCCAGGUUUUAUGAACGUUCUCUUCUUACAGAUUAGUCAGAGUCUGGGCUGAGAUAUCCAAGAUCAGUUUGCUUCCAGUCUAAAUGGGUUUAGUGGCUCACACACAGCCCUGUUUAUUCCCUGUAUGAAGAUAACAUACAAAGUUUUGGUCAGGAUUCAGGACUUUUCAGUCCCCUGGAGUGCCUGUCUCUCCACAUAGUCACCUAGCACAUGGUUUAUUCCCAACAUGCCCCACCUGAAAUCUACCAACAGUGUGACAACUUGCACCCUGGAUUAAAAGCACACAAUACACAAGGAUGUUCUACACAUAAGGCAAUUUAUUUGAAUUUCCAGUACAUCAGUAUUUUAGAAAAGUAUUAGACACACACUUUUCAUGAAAUGAAUAAAAAUUAGCAAUUACAGAUAGACAAACUUCCAGAAAUGAAAGGAAAGAUGGCCCAUUAAUAUGCCUGUUUGUAGUUUGACUUUGAGUUUCUAUAUUGAUGAAAAUUAAGAUUAAAGAUUAUGCAGUUUUCAAUGUGCAUUAAUUUUUCCUAACUAUCUCCUAUAAUACUUCUAAGAAUCAAAGUUAUUUCAUACGCAGGUUAGUGCUGGGGAAACAAGACACUGAUUUGAAUUGGACCAAAUUGUCAGAAGACACAGCAGGCCCUUGCACUCGAAUUGUAUAAAAGAUGCCAAGUUCUUUCCUGGGCUUCUCCACUUCAGCGGCACCAUUCUUAAAUGCUAAGAUCUACAUGCCAGGUGACUCACGGUCCAGGUUUACCAACCUUAGUCUCUGCUUCUAAACUGUAGCAAAUACAUCCUAAAACUCAGCAAGGACCCAAGAGUGUUGGUUGUCGAGGGUGUCUGAGUGUUUCCCCACUGACAUGCAGUCUUCAGGAGAUGCAGAUUUCCCUUCUCUUCCAUGAGUGCUCUCCUCUGCCCUUGUGCUUAUCACUGUUCCCACAGCCCAUCCUUAUCCUCGUUGUUAAAUGUCCUCUGCCCUCUCCUCCCCUCCACUGUUAGAGUGUCUUCUGGAAGCAAUUAAAACUCAAUAUUUAUUUACCGCUGUUGAGGACAAACAGUAAGGUUCAGGAACAUCCCUUUGUAAGUCUCCAGGGAUCGGCUGAGCAGACAAACACUGUUUUCGCUCCACGGCUAGAGCAAAGGCAUUUACAUCUUUUUCAUGGUCUAGUAUCAAAAACUAUAUGACCUUCCUGGCUUGCUACAACUUUUUUCAUAUAAAGAAAUAAGAUUAUCAUUAAUUUAGGAUUAAUUGACUGGUUAGUCCAAUAACUAUUCUGCUGGACCAUGUAUUUUAAAGCUAUUUAAAAAAAAAAAAAACCCAAAGGUCUACAUAUGGGAAUCCCCUGAGAACCACAUUAGUAACCUGUGAGUGAAACUGUCUUCCAAAAAUAUCCAACUAAAGUCCAGGGAGGUGCCUCUGUGGUAGAGUCUCACCUGUAUGAAGCCCUGGGUUCAAUCCCCAGCAUGAAAAACAAAAUCAAUUAAUAAAGAUCACAUGUAAUAAACAUCUCCUAUUAUUAUUUUGCCUGUGGUUUCUAUUAUCUAAAUCUCACAAGCAACUCCUAGUUUUGCCUUAAGCAGUUUUCCUAGUUGCUUGUGAAACCAAAGGGAUCAGUGGCCUGCUAAGGCUUUUUACAGGCCAGGGUGAGACCCUGACUCCCUGGUCACCUUUUAGGGCACACUAGUGCUCAUUUAUUUUGCUUCUUCUCAUACACCUGUGCACAGGUGGUCUCCAUGACAGUGAAGGGGCUCAAUCUUUUGGAACAUACCAGGCCUUUAGAAACUCCCUGUACUCGCUGAGAGCAUAUCUUCCCACUUACUGUGCUGCUGGCAUUGUGUACUGUGUCACAACUGAAUUUAACAUGGAAACACUGGUCAUCAUUUUGCUGCUGCUGCUGCUGUUGUUUUGUUCUACUUAAAUGUACACGCACUGUGGUGGAAGAAACGAGCUGGCGGACAUUAAAGAAAUUAGUUCUUUGUGUACAAGACACUGGUUUAAACUUAAAUUCUAAAUGGCUGACUAAAACAAGAGUUAAUUGAUUGGGAUGCCUCAAAUUCUUGCAUAGCCCUUGUGGACCUGAACCCAUGAAACACGGUAGAGAAGCUGGAUCAAGGUCUUGUGGAACAUCAUUUCUGCUGUGUCUCCAAAAAUGAUGCUCUAAAGUUCCCCUGGGAGGCUCUGGGUGCUAUGACAUGCAGAACCCCAAGCCUGCCUGAAUGAGGACAGGUCUCCUGCUUGGCAAAGUUAACUCAGGAGACGAUCUGAACGUCUACACUGUAGGCCAGCACGGUGACAUAAUUAGGAAGGGAAGGGUUGGAGAUGACAGCGUUAUCAGUCAAAACCCACACGUUCAACAAUGCUUUGCUAUUGUUCAUUCCCUAUAAAUUCUUUAAAAUAUUAAGAUGUCAUUAUCAUAAAUCCCACUUUUGGACUGAUUUUUCAUCUAGUGCUUAUUCACAGAUCCAGAGGUCACAUACAAGCGCUUCAGAGAACAAUGCUAAGCUGACACGCCACUAAAUUCAUUAGGCCACUAGAUCCACCCCCCAAGGACUAUAUUCAUUUUGACUAGGAAAUAAAACUUACUCAGUAUCCUGCACAAAUAAAGACACCAAUCAAAAGUGAGCGAUGAAAGAGGAAGAACAGGUUGUUUAUUUCAGUAACUACACCUCUGCCAUCAAUCACAGGACCAACAGAGGGUAAGUCUAAGCAGUAAGACAGCCUCCAUAAGAAAACCUCAUUCACAUUUUCAAUUAUUAGUAGAGACAAGGCCACUUAAUUUCCUUAACACAAAACAAUCAUUUCCACAAUGCCAUCAUAAUAAAUAAGUACUUCAGUACUAAGACACUUUGAAAGGAGCAAUUCUGACAAUAGUACCCAAGGCUUCUGAGCAUGAAUCUAAGGGGAAAAAUCCUGAAAUUUCAAAGAUCAGGGUAUUUUAAAACAAAGGGGAGUGUGAAGAAUAGUUUUACUUCCUACUUGUAUUCUAAAAUACAAAGACUCCUUUGGGUGUCAACAUAACUCCUUGAUGUAUCUUUGUCUCUAAAUUCCUAAUAUUAAAGUUGUAAAUAUUAGCCCAGCUGCUGACAUCUGAUCAGGAGUAAACAGCACACAAAGGGAGUGUUUUAAAGGUUUCCUGCAGUGUGAAACAAACUGUGUCUAAGUACAAGGGCUCUGGAAUUACAAAGUUUACAAAGCAGCUCUACCACUCUCCAAGGCCAAAAUAGAUGCCCGGAAGAGGGAAAGGGGCAAGAGAGCUGUCCGAAGCAGUACACCAGCUUAAGUGACAUGAAAUAACUUGGACAAGGUUCAAACUGAGAGACUGCAGUUGAGAUGAAGUGGGAAAAAUAUUGGAAUUCAGUCCAAUAGAGUCACAGAACACCACCUUAACCCUGCAUCCCUUCCAAAAUGAAACAAAGUUGUAUCAAAAACUCCAGUCAUCCAAGGAAUCCAAACAUCCUUUACUCAAACGUGGAUUAGGAAGAGGGGUCCCCAGGGUAACACAGAGCGUGGUAGAGAAGCACCCCGUGUCUGAGCCGCCUAUGCUGAGCACCUCCUCUGCACAGAAGACAUUCCAUACAUGAAGGCUCUUUCCAGAAUUCUAGAACUUGGGGAUCGUGGGCGCUAAGCACACUGCAAGAUGGGGAAAUCAAUUUCCAUAGAUUUGUGAAAAAGCAGACAAAAUACAGCCUUUUAGACCAAACACAUCUGUGCCUUAAUCAAUUCAAGUACCUUAAUUCUUGCACAAAAUUAAGCUAAGAUUUCAUUAUCUCGGUUAUAAAGACACUGUGACAUCCUUUCCUUUAAAAAGUCAAAUGUUUUGAAUUAAAAAAAAAAA